GAACCAUUUGAACUUGACGUUACACGAUCGCACUCACCGGCGUCACCUAUGAUUAUUUAGUUACAUUGAGAUGUUAGAUUUCCUCAACCUGAAGAAAAGUGACUACUUGUGUGAAUUAUGUCGUGGAAGUAUAAAAGGCGAAAACUGCACACCAAAAUCAUGCUCUCAUAUGUUUCAUAUUAAUUGCUUAGAGGAUUGGGCUAGUGAUUUUGACUGUUCUUCGGGAUUCGCCUGUCCUGUCUCUGGUUGUUCCUUAUCCUUCAGUGAAAUACUAAUCCGCAAGACACCUGGUUCUGUAAAUUUCACAGUAACGUCCUUUAAAGAGAACCACCAAUGCCCGAUAUGUUGCGAGAGGAUUCGAAAGCCUGUUGCUACUCCGGAAUCAUGCAAUCAUGCGUUUUGCUACAUAUGUCUAAAAGAGUGGUCACGUGUACGGCAUGAAUGUCCUCUGGAUCGUGGCGUUUAUGAACUUAUUUUAUUAUCUGAUUGGGUUGGGGGCCCCAUAAUAAAGCGGGUUAAUGCGCCACCUGUUAAACAGCAGCCUUCAGAAACACCACCAUUAGAAUUGGAUGUUAACUGUGAGGUAUGUCAUCGUCCAGAUGAUGAAGCGCACUUACUUUUAUGUGAUCACUGUGAUAGAGGGUAUCAUACUUACUGUCUCCCAACCCCACUCUCAUCCAUCCCAGAUGGCGACUGGUUUUGUCCAGAAUGUCUUCGACAGGGGGUUGUCCCGCCCGAAAUAAUUGCUACCGAUGUCGCGCCAACAACAACUACUAAUAGACGUGUUCGAAGAAGUAUUCAGAGAAGGUUAAUUGAUUCUGAGGCAGAGGAGAGUGAGCACGAUGAAUUGAACACUUCCUUAGAUUCUAGUUCAGAAAACCUCCAUUUAACACGUGAGCUUAGUUUUGCUGCUCAGAGGAGGCUUGAAGAGCAGGCUACUAGACGUCAUCGUGGACGUCGGUUAUUACAAGAUUUAAUCGCUGAUCUAAGUGAACGAAUAACAUCAGAAGCCUCUGUUCGAGCACGACGCCGUCGUAGUCAACGACAACGUGUUCAAAAUCAGCUUGCAUCAGAAUCUACUAGUUUAAGUCCAUCUGGUCCAGCGAACAGUCAGACGACAAUCUGUUUCGAAAUAUCAUCUUCGACGAGUCAACCUGUUAGUAUCCGGUUGGGCCGUCCUCCAAGUUAUUCGAACUCUCACCACAGAAGCCAGAUUCAUAAUAUUGUUCGGUCAGAAUGUAAUGGACAAGUAUCAGGUCAUGAUCAGUCAGAGCCAUCCCGUAAAAGACUGCGUAUACUAUCCAGCAGUGAUUCGGAUUCAGAUGAUCAGAAUGGAGUUAUACUUCGUAACACAAAACUUACUGGUCACCGUUCUCGAUUACUACGAUCUCCUAGUGAGUCAGAAGUGGAAGAGUUUCCUGUUUUAGCGGGCCCAUCAUCCUCGCACGAUUCCAAUGGAGUUCAGGAAGGCAAUACUGUCAUCCAAACGAGUACUACCAGUCUCAAUGGGGAUGUAUGCAGCAGUAGAACUUCGGAGUCUUCUCAUAUGGAUUUCAUUCAAGAUUCUACAUUUGAAGUCACUCAUAGUAAAUCUGAUUCGGAAAAUUCUAAUUUCGAUGAAACUUUUGUCCCUGCUGUGAAAAACCCACCGAAAAAGAGUAAAACAACGAGAAAAACCAAAAGACGCUUAUCUAAAAAAGCGAAAGGCAAACGUGUCAAGAAAAGGUCACUCAAAUCCAGAACAUUUAAGCGUUCGAGAAACAAAACAAUGCGUAAAAAAAUACGGAAACUCUCCUCGUCCCUAUCGUCUGUUAGCCCGAAACCAUCAACUUCUUCCCAACUUCGAGUUCGAAAUGGCUUGAUAGGAUCUAGUCUACCUAAGUUAUCAAUUUUGGGUAAAGAAUCACAAUGCGAUUUUAGACUUUUGGUCGAUGAAGAUGACGAUAAAGCAUCAAUCGUACCUUCUCUACCUAUCAUAACUGCUAGUUCCACUUCAAACAAUUCUAUUUCUCAACCGAAUCCUCGAUCAUCAACUUAUCUCAGUGACAUAGAAGCUGGACAGGCAUCAUUGUUCCGCUUUUCUACUCGUCAUAUGCAAGUAAAUCCGGAUCAUUCUAUGUCGCCUAUUCCGGUAGCCAAGGUCCCAUCACUUUCCACAAACAAGGUCAAUAUAGCGAACUCAGUAAACAAUAAAUUCCCCUCUCUGUCUACAGUUAACUCCAUCUCUUCUCCUUCUACAUCAGAUGGCGUAUCUUCUGUCUCCAAGCCCCUCAUAUCCUCAAAUUCAAAUACAAACUCUCAAGUUAAACAUUAUAACAAUACACCUGCAAAAUGUUCUGUUAUCAAUAAUCCUAUCCCAUCAACAUCUCACAGUUGUCCAAGUGAAGUUAAUCCUUCACAUUGUAAUUGGAGCUCUGAAUCUCUGCAAAGAGUAAAGUCUACCUUGAAACAUCAUUUAAAGGCAUAUGUCUCUUCUCACAGAAUAGACAAAGAAACUUGUCGUAAUAUUUUUCAACGUUCCUUGAGCAAGAUUAUCAACAAACCAUCUCAUAAGGUUACUGAUGAACGUAUUGCAAAGUUGGUUGAUGAUUAUGUUCAGUAUUGUUUGAGGCAUAGAACAUGAAUGUCAGUGCUUUUCUAAUGCAUUUCCCCUAUGGGAUAUAUAGCCAAUAUGGAGCAAUCUUUCUCAAUAAUAUACAGUGUUAACAGCAGCCUACCUAAUUCCGUCAGACUGAGAAUCUUGCAGACGGCUGAAGCAAUUGCUAUUCGGACCGAAAAGCUAGAGCCGCUUUUUUAACCUGGCCAACUAGUUAAUCAAUUUUAUAAUACAGUGACAUGAUUUGACUAAUGUUCAUUUUUAUGUCCCAAACUUAUUAUUACACUUGCUAACCUUUUUGAGAAAUUUAUUCAGCAUCCAACCCUAUCUACUAUAUUUGACUUAAUUCAUAUUAUUCUACAUAUUACGUAAUUUCUUAUUUUUAUUCCAUUAUUCUCUCUCUCUCACCCCAUGUUGACCAUAUUUAUUCUGAUAAAUUGUCUCACAAUUUGAUUUCACUUAUAAACUAAUUCAAGUUAACACUUCAUAUUAGUCAGCUCCGACAUCAACGAUUUGAUUUGAUUUUAUGUAACAAACAAUUCUGGGUUCGCAUAUUACAAAUUUAAAUGAUGUACUCUGCCUUAAAUCUGGCCAAUUUUAUGGAUUAUUAAUUUGGAUUUAUGAUUGCAGAACCCGGUGAGAAACGAAGUUUACCAGAACUAUAUGCUAUACAAUUGUAAUGUAUUUCGAAUAAUAUCCUGCGCUUAUAUAUUAAAUAGUUCUACUGAACUUAGUUUUCUCAUUGCAUUAUUUGAAGUUGCGAACCUGUUUAAAACUGCGAUUGCACAGUCUCUUAUCGGCAUAUGUGCAUCUUAUGCGGAUCGUUUUACGUCACAAGCUUUAUAAACAAAGAUAGGCAGU